GUCAUCAAGUGUUGCACCUCAUUGCCCGUGUGCACUCGCCACUAUUUACACGCUCAGCCCGCGUCGUCGUCGGGUCGCCGCCGAUUGUAUGCUUGUGCACUUUCCAUCGAAAGCCCACCCGUUAUGUAAUAUCAUAUAGGUAGCGCAAAGUGCCCGUUUUUCGCUAUUGGAAAAAAAAAAUCGCAAUAAAUAAUAUAUAUAUAUAUAUAUAUCAAUAAUAUCGCGUAAGACUAUAUUACAAAUAAUAAAAAAAAACACGGUCGUUUAAGUUUGAAAGCUCGCCGAAACGUCUGGUCGUGGUCAACACUGAUUCCUGAACCGAGACAAUUAUAUAUGGAUGCACAGAUAUGAACAACGAGGAAGAAGUGCAAAGAGUGUUCAGGGGCGAGUUGGAUACGGCCAAAUGGGCUAUACCAAGGCUGGUCAAGGUGUUCAUCGCGUCCACCAGAAACGAUUUUUUGGAAGAGCGAAGAUGUAUUUUGGAGAACGUCGGUCCGGAUUUGCAAAACAUGUACGAUUCCACCGGGUUAGAGGUCGAAUUCGUCGACAUGAACUAUGGCAGCGAUCAAGACCCAAUGAAAAACCCAUUCCUGUUUGCAGAACAUUUAGAAGAAAUAAAGAACUCCCAAUCCGUAUCUCGAGGAUGUUUUUUUCUGUGCCUGGUGGGAGACGAGCAUCAAGCCUGUCCCGUACCGAUAAAAAUGACCGAGGAUGCGUAUGAACAGCUGAAAGACGUCGCGCAAGAGCUGAACUUGGAGUGGUCUGCAGUGGAGAGUGCUUACCAGUUAGAUGUUUCCAACAACCACUACGCCCUGCUAAAACCGGAUUUUAAUGAUCCAGAAAGUGUUUAUGUUUGGUCUGAGAACAACGAAAAAGCUCUUAUGGUCUUACAAGAAGCAUCACAAGAGUUACUAAGCGGAGGAUUGAUAGUCGACCCUCAAAUUUUUCAUUCUGCGGUUCAACAUCAAACGUUACACGCUUUGGAUUUGGACAAAGACCACAUGCUGGUGUUCAAUAGAGAGUUCACUGGACGGCAAGAACAUGAGUAUUGUCCAGAUGAAACAAUAGCAUCAUUCAAACAUUUCUUAAAGAACACGGUGCCGUCAGAUAACCUUAUAGAACUAAGCGUGGAAUGGAAACCGGGAGGCGUCGAUGGGGAAUUUCCAGAGCACGACAUGUAUCUGACUAUAUUUCAAGAAGCAAUCAUGUCUAAGAUGCAGAGUAUGAUAAACGCCAGUAUCGAGCUAAGGCCCGAGCUAAAUGCAAGAAACAAGACCAUCCAAGAAGUGUUGAAAGAAGCGAUUGUUCACAUAGCGCACUGCAGGGAACUGAUUAAACUGAAUCCACCGGACCCUCAUAUGGAAACCGUAGGGAAAAUAAGAAAAAUGAUGUCCACCACCGCAAAGCACGGUCCUGUUAUUGUACAAGGUGGUUUGAGUUCUGGUAAAACGUCGAUCGUCACUACGAUUUAUCAGGAAUGCGAAAAAUGGUUCGAUAAAAAACCAUUGAGAAUAGUAAGGUUUUCCGGGGUGACGCCGAGAGCAUCAUAUAACAUAGAGCUGUUAAGAAUUAUAUGCGAACAGUUAACUUGCAUACUGCAACCGAACGGGCUAUGCGUGCCUUUAGACGCCUCGUUCGAUCCCUUGUACGUCAGCGACUGGUUCCAGACGUUACUGAGGCGUUUUGAAGAAGAAUGCAGAACUCAAGUGUUAAUAUUGUUUAUCGACGACCUGCAUCGACUAAACCCGUUGGAUUCGGAUAUCGUAGCCGGGUUGUCUUGGCUGCCAACAGUACUGCCGUUCAACGUUCACAUUGUAUGCACAACUCUUUACGUCCCCGACGAAUUAAAAAUGACUCCGCUACAAAAAGAACGAUUUAAAAAUUCGGAAUUUUACGUUGUUCAGCCAGACUCAAACAUUGAGACAAUCAAAAUUAAAAUCAACAGUAUGUUGGAUAGUUAUGAGAACGUGUUUGGCAUUAAAGCCGUUACUAGAUUAGCUUCGUACAUAUCUAUAUCUGAAUUUGGUUUGACCGAAACCGAACUUCUUGAACUACUCAUGCCGACGACUGGUGAUUUUAGGUCACCCAUUAAGCUAGAGGAUGGUAACUUUAACUUUUCUACAUUUUGCACCGCAAAAAAAAUAAUAAUGCCUCUUCUAUACACGAAAUUCAUGAGUGGGCGUGUAUUGCUAUGUUGGAGACACAAAAUAACAUUUGAUGUGGUUAGGCGACGGUAUCUGACAUCGAAGGAACAUCAAAAAUCGCUGCACACGGACAUAGCAAACUUGUUCUUCAGCGAGUUCGCCAAGGACGAGUCUGAUGCCAAAACCGAAAACUCAGUCAGUAAAGAUGGCGAAACGAUUGUUCAUAACGAUAUGACCUACAGUUUAAGACACGUUGAAGAAUCGUGGAUUCAUCUUCUCAAGGCUGGUGACAACAUGCGAUUGAAAGAGUUGACUCUUUGCAAUUUCGAUUUCUUAUUGGCCGCAGUCCGAACCAUUUCGGUCAGCUAUCUCCGGUCAAUAAUAGAACACGCUCGUUGUUAUGUUUUGGACAGAGAUGUAGAAUUAGUUUACUACACCGUGAGAAAGUCGAGCGAUGUACUUACAAGAGACACUUUACAACUCGGGGCACAAAUUAUAAGUUGGCUGAGACCAGUCGCCGACAGCAGCAAACUGAUGCACAGGAUAAUUCGAUGUUCGGUAUCGUGGUGCGAUGGAUUUACAGAUCCUUUGCUGGUGCCACAUACGAGUUGGCUACAACCGCCCUUACCUCUCCACAUCAAAUGUGUUAACUGUGGUAUACCAAUACGUUAUAUUGCUCCAACGCCUUCUGCUCAACAUGUGGUUGUUAUACCCAAGGAAGGCGAUGCUCAACUAUGGCACACUAUGGGUAACACAAGGGUAAAUACUUUCCAAGGCCAUCAAAAACCAAUCAAAUGCUUGAAUAUCAAUAGAAGUCCACAGCUACUAGUUACAGGAUCCGAAGAUCUCAGCGUAAUGGUUUGGGACUUAAAUACGUUUGCUUUGGUAGCAAAAUAUACCGAGCUCGAAUCACUUGUAUUGAGUCUAUGCGUGGCGACAAUCAACGACGGUGGCAAUAAAGAGCUCGGUGUAGUUCUCGGUUGCGAGAACAGUAAAAUAUUAUUAUUCACGUUAAAAGGUAAAAUGAUAAAAAAGAUAGACUAUCACAAAGGAGCCAUUACGGCGGUACAUCUGACGUCACAAGAUGUAUUAGUGACAGGUUCUUCAGACUGCACCGUGUGUCUCUGGGAAAUGGACACCCUCGAUUUGCUGAACACCAUAACUUUACCGGGCCCCGUACAAAUGUUGGACAUAUCUAUAGACUCCAUGUUCCUCUUGGUACUCUGCGAAGGAAAUCAACUUUUGCUACACGCUCUUGCCACGGGAACACUCAUCCAUACACUAAAAGGGUAUUGCUCGAAAGUAAUGUCUAUUGCAUUAGCAGAAGACUGUCAAAGAGCGGUAGUGACUGGAUUUGACUCGAGAGUGUACAUAUACGACAUACAUUCGGGUGAUUUAGACCUUGUUCCCAUAUCGACUUCUCCGCAUCACAAUGAAGUCAUCGCCGUAAAGAUCACCAACAACGAUGAUUUUCUGGUGACUGCAGGCAAUGGAAAAAUCGCUUACUGGAAUUUCAGAAAAAUGGGAAACGCGCAAACGGUCAACAAACAUCCGUCGUCGUUAUCGAGGAAACCGCAUACCAUGGCCAUAACGUGCUUAGACAUUUCGAGGGAUGGAACUAUGGCCGUGACAGGCGGUCUGGACAGUUUGGUAAACGUCUGGCAUCUAAACGUGGAAAGUCUGGAAAACGUUUAUCAACUAAACAACAAUGAACUGCAUUCGACUAUGCACGGCCAUAGCGCCGCUAUCACUUGCCUGGCAAUUGCGUCCAACGGACUGUUCGCCGUGUCGGGUUCGGAAGACAAACUCGUGUUGGUCUGGGGUCUAACCGUGGGCAGUGCUGUAUUCACGUUUAGCGGACAUCAAUCGGCCAUUACCGCAGUGGAAGUGACUUCGGACAGCGAGAAGGUCGUGUCCAGCGACAAAGCCGGCGUUAUAGCCGUUUGGUUAUCAGAUAAUGGCACGCUUUUGAACUCGGUGAUUUGUCCGGCUACACACUUAUCGGUGACUAACAACAUGAAAUACUUGGUCAGCGGCGACGGGCACUUUUCAUUGCACAUUUGGCCACUAGCCGUCAAAAACGAAGGCGGACCGUGGACGGAAAAAUGGCCAGUCAGUCAUACUGAAGAAAUCACUUGUUUUGUUAUAACUUAUGACUCAUUACAAAUAAUCACCGGUUCUAAAGACAUGUCUUUGAAAGUAUGGCAAAUCAACGGCGGUAAAUUGUCACAAGUGCUGGUGGGACACGAAGACCAAGUGACGUGCGUGGCCGUAGCCAUUAGCGACAAGUCAAUCGUAGUCUCUGGAUCCUGGGACGCGAACCUAAUAAUAUGGGACAUCCACACGGGAGACGACAGACACCUGUUGACCGGGCAUUUGGGGCACGUGACUUGCGUUAAGCUCAGCGGCGACGGGUCGGUGGCCCUGUCGGGUUCGGACGACAAGCGCAUAAUAGUGUGGGACACGAAACGAGGCGUUGCCCUGACUUCCCUUCAACUGCACUUGCCCAUUCUGGGUUUAUCCAUGUCCACGGACGUCACUCGAGUCGUGGUCCACCUCUACGAGAGUCAGUAUUUACCCAUCACACAGCUGAUGAACACACCGGCGCAGUACGUCAAAGUGCCGGUGUUCAUCAAUCGAGAGCCCAGAUCUCUGGCUGCCAAGAAACCCAUGAGGAGGAUGCUGAUCAAAGAGUACUCGUUGGACUCGUACACGUGGCAGAGAAAAUACGCCCAUUUGACUUCUUCGAUAACACGAGCGGCAGUUGACGAAAAAUUAAGACGGUUCUCCGUGUCGGCCAGCAUGGAGGAAAUAUCGAAACAAGCAAACAACAGCGACAAUAUGGGUUCACAGAACUUGGGACCGGAACAGGCGGCUCUGGCGCAAUCGCAACACUUCGAUCAACUCAUAGCCGAGUGGAACAAUAAGCGAUCGCCUUCCAAGUCGACCAGUCGCCAGAAUGUGUUCUUGUCGAAACAAAACUCAAGAUCGAGUCGACAACAUUCAGCUGACGACGAGAGUCAUGCCAGCGAUGAUUACAUAUGAUGAGCCGAUGGUUAUUAUGGUUUUCUCGCUGAACACGCCCUAGACAAAUCUUUCUUCGUUCACCACAUUGCAACCUAAUUGUGAUUAAACAUUCAAUCAUUCUUCUUACUAGUUGUUAAUAUUUUUGAUUGUGUAAUACUAAUUUUUAAGUGAACGCAAUAAAUGUAUAAUUAUUUGUUAAGUCUAAAUAACAUGGUAUACAUAUUGUUAACCAUAUUUUUUUUCUAGUCAUUAUACAAUUGUAAACUAGUUAGACAACAUAAGUUAAGGUAACAAAAAAAAAAAAUGAACCCACUCGCUAUGUAAGAUUGAUCACAUUUGAAACAAAACAUUCCUAACGAUUAGACUGUGUUUGACUUCAUUGACGCAAUAAUAUAUUUAUUAAAACACGUUGUUUAAAGAUUAGAAAAACUGACGAUCGCCAAGAAGUUUUCAGACUAAUUAAUUUUAAAUGACAAUUCCUGUAAUCAAAUAGUCAAUCAUUUAAUAAAUCCAUAUACAAGAUAAAAUAUAUGCUCAGUUUGUAUCCUGUAAACUAGUGAAGUGAUUGUUAAAGGACUAGGUCCUUUUGAAAUUUAAAUUAUACAUGGAUAGGUACCUCGACUAACAUUUUUAUUAAUAUUAUUAGUAUUACUUUAUAAGUAGAAGACUAUACAUAUUUGAUCUAUAGAUAAAACGAUUUUAAAGCCUUUAAAAUAAAAUUAUUUGACCUAGUAUUUUAAUUAUUGCAAACACUGUAUUUUAAAGUUAUGUUUCUAUAA